GUUGUCGCCACAACAAUAUGCCGCAGUUAAUGUUGUUCUUUUGUUGCAAGGCCAGUUGAUGUAGUAGUAACUUGUUUUAGAAACUGGGUCAAGGUUGCCACAUUUUUGGAAUCAAACGCAACCAUGGCAUGGCUAUAUAAUGAUCUGAUUGUAAAGAAGGUACGUCGGAUCCGUGUAUGAAUGUCGCCCAUUUCUAUAUUGGAAAAUUCAUUGUUAUGGGGGUGUAAUGGAUCAUAUAUAUAGUGCGGCCCCUUUCGAAGUCUCCCUUCGUUGUCCACUUUCGCCAGGCCACCCAUUCAAUCCUUCAUUCUUUUCAGGCGGGCUUCUGGAAGUCCCCACCACACCGUCAAGCCCACAGAAUCCUACCGUCAAUCCUUUCGUAGCACUCUCUCUUUAACAUGGGUCUGGACGACACCCUUGUGUACCACGCCGACAUUUUAAUUUUUGGUAUAAUCCUCAUCUUCACCGUUGCCAGUCUCCCACGCGCGUAUGCUCGUUUCAGCCGCAGGUCAGAAUGGUCUCAAGGUCACCUCCUUCGUUCAAUAGCACAUCUCCCCUCUACCAAGCCAAGGAUGAACCUCAACGUCACCCAUCCAUACCCUCAUGACUCUGAGAAUCCGUCCUUCAUGGAUUUUGACCGCGGGGACUCUUCGACUGUCUGCGCCCCAUUACCGUCUCUACACCGAAGUAAUGUCGUCGAUGAGAAAUCCCUGCCGAAGGUUCCAAACCGUGACCCUACUUUACCAUCUAUCUGGCACCCUGUGGCGUCUGUGUUACGCUCACGUGUCCACAAUGGCUACUCCGUUAACCAAGUUCUCCUGAUGCUGGCGUACAUCAGUAUCAUAUUCUACGUGUCUUUCUACAAGUCGGAUCCAUUUACGGACCCUGUCCGAGCCGGUUUUGUCAUCACUUCUCAAAUUCCUUUUGUAUAUGCAUUAGCCACCAAGAACAACAUCAUUGGCAUGAUGGUGGGUGUUGGAUACGAAAAGUUGAACUUUCUUCACCGCUUGGUCGGUAAGCUGAUGGUCAUUGGUGCAAAUGUCCACUUCCUCGGCUAUGUCUAUAAAUGGAGCCUCGCUGGCGACAUCAAUGAGAAGCUCGCCGAUGAUUCUAUUCGCUGGGGCAUCGUCGCAUUGGUAUGUUUGGACCUCCUGGGAUUCUGCUCGACCGAAUACGUUCGGUCAAAGUCAUACAACCUCUUCAUCGCAUCCCAUGUUGUGAGCUUCACCAUCUUCUUAUUCGCUGUAUGCUACCACGAGCCUGCCUGUAUUCCAUACGUGGUGGCGGCGUGUGUAUUCUAUAUACUGGAUCUCGUCGUUCGCGCCAUCAAGACCCGCAUCACUACGGCUAAGCUGCGUCCUCUCCCGGAGCUCGGAAUCACCCGAGUCGAGGUGCCUUCAAUCAAUGCAGGCUGGCGUGCAGGGCAGCACGUCCGCUUGCGUGUCCUGUCUUCAUCCAUAGGAUGGUGGGGAUGGUCUGAGGUGCACCCUUUCACCAUCGCAAAUGUGGCAGAAACAUCGGAAGGAAUGGUUCUUAUGUGCAAGAAGACUGGCCGCUGGACAGACAGUCUCUUCAAUAUGGCUCAAACAGCUUCUUAUGGUGAAACCGGCAAGGAGGUCGGCCGUGAUGUUAGAGUGAUGGUGGAAGGUCCCUAUGGCGGCGUGGGACACACCGUGAUGUCGAGCUAUUCUGGGGCAAUGUUUGUUGUUGGUGGGAGCGGCGUCUCCUUUGCGUUAUCGGCAGUGCCAGAUCUGAUCCGGGCGUCCACGGACGUGAAAAUCAUUGAUAUCGUCUGGGCCGUCCAAGACCCUUCAUCCCUCACCCCUCUACUUCCCCUCUUUGUGAACCUCGUACAAAAUGGCACAUCUGUCCGUGUUAACGUGCACGUAUUCUACACCCGCGCAAUCAGCACGACAUUCGACGGGAUGUACCUACCGCAAGGUAUCACCCUCCUGCCUGGCCGUCCCAAACUCGAGAGGCUGCUCGAUGGAGCCAUCACGAACACGAUGUCGGCUGGGGGCUCUAACGGUGUGUUUGUAGGCGUUUGUGGCCCUGUAUCGCUGGCGCAUACCGUGGCGCAUGUGGUGAAAGACUCUAACGUCCGUUUGUGCACGGCUGUGGGUGGAAUUAAGCUCCAUGAAGAAACCUUUGGGUGGUGAUCGAAUCAAUCUUGCGGUGCAGCCCGUUGACGGGCUAUGCACCACUCAUCUGUUGUAUUUUCAUCAUUAUCGACUAGGUAUGAGCUCUAGUAGCUAUAGAUGUUGAAGCCCAAUGUUAUCGGCUGGUCCGUCACGAUGAAUCGACCCUUGAAGACUGAAGGACAAACUCAUGAUAA